AUACGUUUCGUGAACACACCUACACAUAUCCACAGUAUAGCCAAGGACUCGAGUCUAUCCAUCCAUUCAUCAAUGGCUACCUCACUUCCUCUCACCAAUUUCCUCUCUUUCCUCUUACCCACAAACCCUCCUCCAAGAUCCACGUCCCAACUCUCUUUCUCUUCUCCACUGACUCGAUCUUUACCCCAAAAUUCUAAGUCCAAGUUAAUUCCACUGGCGGCUCACGAUUCGGGUUCUUUAUCUACUGAGUUGUCCUCUGCUAUAAACCCCUCUCUUGCUAAUGCAAAUAUCCUUUUCUUUAGAUCGGCAUAUAAUGUGCAGGUGAUAGUGGAUGAUAAUGAGCCUGAAGAGAGGCUUUUGAAUAGGUUCAGGAGAGAGGUUAUGAGGGCUGGUGUUAUUCAAGAAUGUAAGAGGAGAAGGUUCUUUGAGAAUAAGCAAGAUGAGAAGAAACGUAAGACCCGUGAAGCUGCUAAGCGUAACAAGAAAAGGCGCCCUCAGUCAAGGUUUACAACACAAAACAAGCAGGAAACAUCCACAACCAAGAAGGAUGAUGAUGAUGGAGAUAACUGGGAAUUGCCUGAAGGAGACCUUCCUUAUUAAACAUCUUACCUUGGCUAUUGACUCUAGAUUUUUAACAUUUAAUUGUGAGAGGCUUGUUUUCUCAGUUGUUCAAGUAAAGCAUUUUUCUUUUGUUUUGUUUUUUUUCUUUUUCUUUUUUUUUAACGGACACUUUGCAUUCUCAUUAAGUUACUCAGAAAUGAUCUCAAUGGUGUUUUAUCCCUCA